UGGUGUGAAACGCCGUAGAUGUCGUAGACGACAGUAUACUCUAGAUUCUAGCACAACACGUGACUGGUCAUAUCUUAGCUUGGGCGAAGCGUUACUGAGCUCGAGUUUUCGAUAGUCCGCCAAGCAGACUCGCUGUUAGGUCCUCGCUGCUGUCUUGUGUACACAUCCUGGAAACCCAUUUUGAAUGGGUUCAUAUCCAGCAGUUUUCCAGCUAUGCAGCAUGGCACCUUCUCUGAAGGACGACAUUUUUGAAUGGGUUUAUUUCCAACAGUUAUUCAGCCAUGUAGCAUGGAACCUUCUCUGAACGAUCACCUAUACAGCAAGACAGCUUUUAUGAAGGAAGACCAGACCGACUGCCCCGAUCAUUUUAACCUUUCAAUAAGGUUGACGAACUGGUGCUGGUUGCCUUCAACGACGCCUUCCAGGGUACAGGUGAUGACGAUGAGAAACUUUCAGUUUGUUGUCAUGGCCAUGCUGUUAGCAUGCCGAAUCACGAGCGCCGAGGACAGUGAGACGCAGGCCGAUGGAGGAGAAACACAAAAUAAACCAGAAACACCAGAAAAAAAACAAACCGUUGAUAUUGCGGGCUUCUAUUCAUCGCACUCUCUCAUUUGGAUUUUGGGACUGACCACAUCGCACCACCCAUGUAUGUUAGACGCCGUUGACGAGACAAAUACCAGUUACACCUCUUUUACGAGGUACUCCAAGGGGACGGGAAGCUUCCACAGAAAGCACCUCAUUGGAAAAUUCAUGCAAAGGAGUCAAGAAAAUAACUACAACGCUAUGGAGGUAUCUCCAGCGGGGCACAGCAAUCGCCGACGAGUGCGCACGACAUCUUGGAGAGGCACGGAAACAAUGCUUUACGAAAGCAGUGACCAAAUGUGUGCUUUGUUUACCGCAUCUUACACUGAACGACCCAGCGAUCUUUCUGCAACAAAGCAGAAAGAUAUAAAUAAUCGGCGACAAGCAGCGACAAUUGAGUACGACUUCCGGGUGAAAGAAGAAAUUGCGGGAACUUCAGCGGAAACAACGUGCUUAGAAGAACUGAAAGCUUACUUUCGGACCCUAGGCAAACAAACAGCUGCCGUAGAACAGGGAAGUGCAACCAAUUGUAAGAAUCUGUGUAAGGGCGACAGCCUCUGCAACGCUGCUUUGACAGAGCGGCAGUCCGACAGCGGAAGCGUGACGCAAUAAAGUAUUUGCAAAGCUCA